UCCACGUGGCGGGUAGAAAUUUGGAAUGUGCCAAUGAGAUUACAUUGCCUUCACAAUUCAACAGUCAAAGCUUGCGUCUCCACAGGGAACUUCGCACUCUUGAAGCUUCUGAGUUGUGUGUUUAUAUUGAAAUCCGGAAGAAAAAGGAGGGGAAAUGAUGGGAAAGAAGAGUGGUUACUUGGCAAUGAGAAGUGAACAGGUUACGAGGGAUUUGAUCAGCUCUGAUGUGCAAGAGCUUGUAGUGGCUGCGAAGAAGCUGGUUAAUCAUGCCAUCAAGCUUGGUAAUUUAUUGGGAUUUGGAACCUCUGUUCUUGAAUGGAUUGCUUCUAUUGCGGCAAUUUACUUGUUGGUCUUGGACCGAACGCAUUGGAGAACAAACAUUCUUACAGGGUUACUGAUCCCUUAUAUCUUCUUUAGUCUUCCUUCCCUAAUUUUCAACAUAUUCAGGGGAGAGAUUGGAAGAUGGAUCGCUUUCAUUGCUGUUGUGCUGCGCCUUUUCUUCCCUAGACGAUUUCCAGAUUGGCUGGAAAUGCCGGGUGCUUUGAUUCUUCUGAUAGUGGUGGCUCCUAGUUUAUUUGCAAGCACCUUAAGAGGCAGCUGGAUUGGUGUGGUGAUAUGUCUGGCCAUUGCUUGUUAUUUGCUGCAAGAACACAUCCGAGCAUCUGGUGGGUUCAGAAAUUCCUUCACAAGAGCCAAUGGCAUAUCAAACUCGGUUGGCAUUGUCAUUCUAUUGAUCUAUCCGGCAUGGCAACUGAUAGCUGAUUUUAUAUAGGCACUCUCUCAACCAACUCUGCAUUGUUCAAAGUCUAGUAUGCAAAUUUCAUGAAUUGCCUACUCUGUACCAUUACUUUGUUAUGUUUACAAAUUAUAUCAUUGUUGUGUUCUGCCAAAAUGUGGAAGAAAAUAUUGUAAUCACAGCAGUUUUUUGGUCUAAAUCUCAGUUAAACUUGUUGUCUCGCA